AUGGGUCACAGUGCUGUUUCACAGAAGGAUGUGGAAAUAUAUGAAUUCAUUUUAUCCUUCGUCCCUUUGACGCUGGUGUCACCAGGCAACUUCCAGCUGAGUGAGAGAGGGGAGGUGCUGAAAUUGUACAGUGAAGGGGAGGCAAAGUGCUUGGACUGCCUGAUGAGAGAUCCGCUGAGACCCUUUGUCCCGCAGUACCACGGCAUCAUCACCAGGGGGGAGCAGCGCUACAUGCGUCUGGAGGACUUGCUGAAGGGUCUGAAGAGGCCUGUUAUCAUGGACUGCAAGAUGGGAGUCAGGACAUACCAGGAGGAGGAACUUGUCAAAGCUCAGAUUAAAGCCACCCUGCGAAGUGACAUGUACCAGAAAAUGGUGAAAAUAGACCCGGCCGCUCUGUCUGAAGAAGAACACGCACAAAGUGGUGUGACCAAGUGGCGCUACCUCCAGUGGAGGGAUACAACCACUUCUACAUCCACACUAGGCUUCAGGAUUGAGGGCAUCAUGAUGGAGGAUGGCAGUGUCCAACAUGACCUCAGAAAGACUCGGACUUUAGCUCAAGUCACACAGGCUUUGCUCUACUUCACCAGGAGCCAGAUGGACAUCCUGAAAGCAUAUCACUCCAGACUAGUGGCCCUGAAUGACACGCUGAUGAAUUCUCCAUUUUUCAGAACGCAUGAGGUGAUUGGCAGCUCACUUCUCUUUGUCCACGACCACAGCAGCAGCAAGGCGAAUGUGUGGAUGAUAGACUUUGGGAAGACGACCCCCGUGUAUGAGACGUUCAAACUCCGACACAACAUUCCAUGGACUGAGGGGAGCAGGGAGGAUGGCUACCUGAUUGGUCUGAGUUCCCUCAUCACGUCUCUGAGUCAGGGUAUCAGUAUGGCCUCCUGUGAGCAGGAGGACAGUGGUAGAGAGGAGAAGAGUGUUACUUGAAGCAGACGGAUGCAGUGGUUGACACUCAAGAUUAGGUGGA